AUGGCAACGAGUCGAUUUCUUACAUAUUUAACAAUAAUGAUAGUGAUGUUCCUACUGAUCGAACAAUCAUAUGAAUUUUAUGUUGAUUGCCAAACACGUUGUCUUUUAGAAUCACGACUUGACCGUAAUCGAGAUACAUUAAAAAUGUGUCGUGAUGAAUGUGAAUUACUUGGAUUACUUCAACAAGACGAUGCGAAUAAUGGAAGAAAUUACAAAUACAAAAUGUUUAAUUGA